AGGAGGAGGAGGGAAGGGGGUGAAAGGGAAGAAAAAAAAAAAAAAGAGGUUGAAAGGAGGGAGCUCGCCGAGACCCACCCUUCUCCCUCCUCCUCCUCCUUCGGGCUGCUGGCCGGGCUUUUGUUUUCCUCCAGCUCCCCGUUUCCCACACGUGAUUGCCGUGUUAUUGCACAGGGCGCUCGGCGGCGCGGCUGCACCUAUAAAUACGGAGCGGGCGGGCGGCGGGGGCCCGGGGCAGCGCGGCGCGGCGCGGCCGGGCGGAGGGCACCCCCCGUCACCCCCAUGCACCCCGGCGGACCGACGGCACCCAUGCCCCGCCGCCCGCCCGCCUGAGGGGCAGGCAGCGAGAGGCAGCGCCCGGCCAGCGGCGAGGGAGGGAGGGCGGGAGGGAGAGGAGGGGGAGCCGGCCGACAAUGGCGGCGGCCGCCACCGCCGCCGCCAGCCCCGGUAGUCCCGCCGCCGGGCCCCUGCCGCCGCCGGAGCCCUGCCCGAGGAAGGGGCCGCCGCCGCCGGGGCCGCCGCCGGCGCCGGUGCGCAGCGACCCCCGCCGCAGGCAGGCCGCGCUCUCCUUCCUCACCAGCAUCUCCCUCGACGGGCGGCCCCCGCCGCCGGGUAACGACGGCCCCGCCGCCAGGCCCCGCCAGGCCCCGCCGCCGCCGCCGCCGCCGCGGCUGGGCAGCCCCCCGGCGGCGCCCGCCGAGCCCCCCCGAGCCCAGGAGGAGGAGGAAGAGGAGGAGGAGGAGGACGCCUUCGCUGCGGUGCAGGUGCCGGCCGCCGCCUUCCUGGGCGCCGCGGCGGCGGGCAGCCGCGGCCGUCUCAACUCCUUCACGGCGGGGGUGCUGCCGGCGCCCUUCGGCCGCGCCAGCCCCCAGGGCCUCGCCGGCGGCGGCGGCGAGCUGGGACAGCCCGGCCCCGCCGCCGCCUUCGAGCUGCAGCGGUCCCGACGUCGGCUGAUCUCCCAGCGGUCUUCUCUGGAGACUCUGGAGGACAUCGAGGAAAAUGCCCCACUGCGGAGAUGUCGGACACUCUCAGGAUCACCCAGACCAAAGAACUUUAAGAAGGUUCAUUUUAUCAAGAACAUGCGGCAGCAUGAUACCAGAAAUGGCAGAAUAGUCCUUAUCAGCAGCAGAAGAUCCUUCUGUAGCAUAUUUUCAGUGCUGCCAUAUCGAGACUGUACCCAAGUCGGGGAUAUGAAGCUGGAUGGUGGACGACAGUGCCAUUCUACUGGAGUGUGUCUGAAAGAGAUAAUUGGUCUUGAAGGUGUGGAGCUUGGAGCAGAUGGGAAGACGGUUUCUUAUACACAGUUCCUAUUUCCCACCAACGCUCUGGGAACUCGGAGAAACACGAUAGACUCCACUUCAUCCUUCUCCCAGUUUCGCAAUGCAAGCCAUCGUAGCCUUUCUUUGGCAAGAGCUAACAGCACCCAGGGGAGCAUUGAUGCAGGUAGUGACCUGGGAGACUUUGUCGAAUAUGACCCAAAUCUUUUAGAUGAUCCUCAAUGGCCGUGUGGCAAACAUAAGCGGGUUUUAAUAUUUCCUUCGUAUAUGACCACAGUCAUAGACUACGUGAAGCCAUCAGAUCUCAAGAAGGACAUGAAUGAGACCUUUAAGGAGAAGUUCCCUCACAUCAAGUUAACCCUCAGUAAAAUAAGAAGCUUGAAGAGAGAAAUGCGCAAGCUUGCUCAAGAAGAAUGUGGUUUUGAAGAGCCCACAGUGGCCAUGGCCUUUGUCUACUUUGAGAAGCUCGCUCUCAAGGGGAAGCUGAACAAGCAGAACAGAAAGCUUUGUGCUGGAGCCUGUGUUCUUUUAGCAGCCAAAAUUGGCAGUGACCUCAGAAAACAUGAAGUCAAGCAUCUUAUAGAUAAACUGGAAGAGAAGUUCCGGCUGAACAGGCGAGAGCUGAUCGCCUUCGAGUUCCCGGUGCUGGUGGCCUUGGAGUUUGCUCUCCACCUUCCCGAGCACGAAGUGAUGCCACACUACAGACGCUUGGUGCAGAACUCCUAGCACUGGCUGCCCUGCGGGGAAGGGGCUCCCGACUGUUCCCGCUUGGCUCUCCUGAGCUGCAGUUACUACUGGAAAUGCAAAAUCAGACUCCUAACACUUCACUCUCUCUCAGUUUUUCCAGCAACAUAUAGGAAACACUGCAUCGAUGUAAGACUCUCAGCUUUGACAAAUGUACGUAUCAUUACUUUCUCAAAGCAGGUGAAGACUGAGCUGUUGGUAAAUGGUUAACGUGCUGAAACUGGGUGGUGACUGACCCUACCUGUGGGUACUACAGCUAUAAAAAUAGGCAAAAAUUUGAAGGGCAGCCUCCAUGACCACCCUUCUCUCCAUCACACAAACCCUGGAAGCCCACGUGAGUGCAUUCUCAUAGCGCUUUUUCUACAGACCUGCUGCAACUUCCAAGAGGACUUCUUAACGUGAAAAAGCUUUUAAAGAGGAUAUCUUCACUGUGUCAAAAAGAAUGUGCCAAUCUAUUUUUGUAUCAGCAAUUGAAAGUGCACUUUUUCCUGUGGGGUGUUGUGUGUGUAUCCGUGUGUGUGUGCGUGUGCGACACCGAACUGAUCUCAGUCCAGGUGGUUGGCUUAGCUGUUUCCGAGUGUAUCAGUUACUGAUGGCAAAGAUCAAGGUGACCUUACGUGUUUACUUCUUGAAAAACAUAACUACUGGAAAAGUGGUAAAUGGGAUCAUUUUUGGACACUUGGUUUUUUUAUUCUCUGAUCUUUCCAACAUUGUACCUUUGAAAGGAUUACACUACUACUACUGCUACUACGAGAGAAGGAUCAGCAACUGACCUUGAGUUUUCAGUCACGUUUGUGAUAAAGAUGAAAGCAUUAGUAUGAGAUUUCCAUGUCAUGUUUUUUAAAAAUAUCUUGUGUUAAGCCACAUGCAUAUUUUUAACCUUCGCACUUUUCCCACUGUGGAGAUGGUUAGACUUGCACUCUGUAGUGUUGUAUUUCUGUGCUCUAUGUUAGAGUGCGUAAUAAGCACAUUUAUUGUGCUGUAUCUUAAAACAGUGUUUUAUUAAAAAAAAAAAGAGUGGGGCUCAGCAAGUGUAACAGGUGUCUUAAGGCUCCAACGGCAGGGGCAACAGCUAUCGUUAAAGUUUUUGGUUUUUAACUAGACUCGACUGUGCAAAACCUAAAAUCAGUGCCCAUUGAAGUUAAAGGUCCAGUUCCUUUCGACAUUUCAGUACUGUAGUUUUACAGUAAAACUUCUUGCAGCUUCCCUGGUUCUGACUGGACACCCAGAAGGCUGGAGGGUUUCAUCCAAGCUCCCCGAUGCUGCGUACACAAUAAGCUAGUGCCAUGCUUAUGGACAUCAUUCGGUUGCUGUUAUCCUGUGAGAUUACACCCCUGUCCAAUCUUCUCCUGUGCUGGUUCACUUAAACAAGCCUUGCCCUCAACAUGCCCCACACGGAUCCGGUAAAGUCAAAUACUUACAGUUAUGGUAUUUAUAAAAAAAAAUAAAAUCUCAAGCGUGAGAUUUUAGCUGAAGCCUUACCUCUCUCAGUCUGGGAGUGCUUGCUCAGAGUGUGGAAAGGGCUUGUGAGCAGAACGUAGAGAAGUGGGACAUACCAGAGGAUGUAAACACACUAAUGCUUACUUUCUUUCGCUCUCACUUUAAUCAGUUUUAUUAUUUCCUUCAGUUAGGCCAGGAAACAUCCAGUUUCUUUACCAGCUUUGACUCCUUUAAAUUCUAGUAUGAAAAACGCCUGCAUAUGAUUGCUGUAUAGGAUCUGGAAAGGUUACACAUGUCAGGACAAACGGGAACUUGUUUGAUGAUGUUGCUCUCCCUCCAUUUUAAGGGGGAAGGUGGCUAUGCUAGCUUACAGUUAUUAAUACUUAUCUAAUUAUGAUUAGAUACAUUCCAACAGGAUUGGGGAGGAGGGGGUAAAGAGAAAAGCGUUCACUUACCUCCCCGGUGCAACGCCCCAUGCCGCUGCAACCCACGCGUCACUCGGCCGGCUGUGGAGCGAGGAGAGGGGGCCUUUGCUGGUGCUCCUGUUCCCUCCUCCUCCUCCCGGCCCACGUGCAGCCAAGGAACAGAGCAGCCAAGAGCCUGGAGCACGCCUAAUGCCUGCGGCUGCCGUGCUGGUUUAUUCAACCCAAAAUGGCAGGGUAGUGUUGACCUACAAGCCAAAACAGUCUGUGGGUCUGCCAGGAGGGUUUCCAUCCUUGGCUGCAUCCCUUCCCACCGAAAUGUGUAUAUAUGUUCAAGAUUUGCUUCUGAUUGCAGAGAUCUGUUUCUAAUAGUGACCACUCAAGGCUAAGCAGAAGCUUUACCUCUCCGUAAAGGCUUCUACCUUUUGCUUUUGAGUCUGAUUUUUUUUUUUCACAUUGCUUUAUACUAUUGCAGGGAAAAAGCAAAUGGUGAUUGCAAGAUGCAGACUAAAGAAUGACAGUCUUACAGUAGUCUUUAGAGACGCUAUUGAAUCACGCUGUCACAUCUUUUGUCUUCUGUGCUGCUACCCAACCCUGAUCUACAGUUUACACAGAUUUCUGGGAUGAAAUCUGAUUGCUGGAGACUUUCUGCUUUUCGUUGUUGUUCUCGAUGUUGUUAUUUUAGGGGCGGGAAAGGGUUUCAGAGUGAUGUUCAGUUACAGUUUGAAUGUGGAAUAAACAAGAUGGUGGUGAUGUUGCACUGUUCACUUAGGAACAUAUAUAAAGCCAUAUGAUGCUAGAUCUCAGAGCACAAAGCUUGGUCAGUACAGUUAUGGUUAGGACAACGGGCAGGAUUUGCCCCCCUUUUCUCCCCAACCCUGGAAAAAUUCAGGCUGAAGUUGUAGAGGAAACCUGUACCAAACAAAAAAAGAUGUUGAUUGUUUGCCUUUGUCUUACAUGGUAAUGAGUGUUGAUUUACAAAUGAUUUUAGGUUCAACUUUAAAUAGUUUGGGAAAAUAAUCCAUUCCAUAUCACUUGUUCUGUUUUGAAAUUAUAUACCGUACACUCUACCAUGCAGAGUUUAUUCCUUUUCUAAAAAAAUAAAUAAAAGUUAAAAAAAAAAAAUUUUAAAAACCCAGACUCUUUUGCACCAGUGACAGUAUGCAAAAUUUUUCCAUUCUGUCAUCUGUACGUGUCUAAUGGUUUUGGUUUUGUCUUCCUCUGAUAUAUAAACCUGCUUAUGAAUAAGCCAGUGGUGGGAUUGCCUAAGGGCCCUCGCCAUCUCCUGGCAUUCGUCUCCUUGCAGAACCCUCACUUCCAGGAUCUUUCCUCCAGCCAAGUUCUUAAUCAUCUUCUUCCCAGACCACUGUUUUGGGUUUGUUCUUUUAUUUUUAAGCCCUUCUUCUUGUCACCAGCUUCUCCUCCUGGAGCUGCCGGGCCCUGGUUCUCCUAGCCCAAACCAUCGGUGUGCAGAAGGACGAGGCACAAGCGUUGCUGAUGCCUCACAACCCCUUAUUCACUAGAGAAUUCGGGAUACACCACUUUGGUUUAGUCCAGGUUGUACUAAAAUUUACAACUUGCCCCCGUACCCGUUGCAUUUCACAAGCAGCCGCUUCUGCUUGGGAGGUUGAAAGUUUAGUUUUGGACAUUCACGUGCGCACACACCCAAUUAUCCACCACCUAGUGGCAUUCAAGCUAUUUUUUUCCACCUACAACUAGCUAGGUGGUCUCACCAAACACCACCUGUUUAUUUUGCAUUUUCAUUCCACAUUAAUAAAGUUAUGCGAAAGGUUUGGCUCCCUACCUCCACCCAUCACUGUCUGGGUUCUCUAGAGACCCUCAGUGGUAAAUCACAUUUGUGGAUUUACACACCCCCCAGAACAUAUAAAUACACAGAAAAAUGCUUUACUAGUUAUUUUCCAGAACCACUCACUAAGAGGCAAUGGCUUCUUUGCAAUAGUCAGUAAUGUCUUUAAAUGAUACAACUUCAGCUAAUUGUUCCGGCCUCCUAAAACACAGAGCCCACGGUGUAAGUCUUCCCUGGAAGCAGUGAGGAGUAGUUUGUUAGGAGGCGAUAACACCUUCCCACGAUGCUGAAGGAUUUUGGCACUGGGCCUCACAGUAAACUUUUUUUUUUAAAAAAAAAAGGUAAACGUAGUUUAGCGAGGUGAGAGACUGAGCAAUCACAGCAACAAUGCUACCACCACUAGCUGAGACUGAAAUCUGUCCCAAGUUGCACCUUUGGGGAGGGGGGGAAGGAGUGUGGGAGGCAGAUUUGAGCUUAAUUUGUUCAUCUUCUGUUGUAAACUUUGUAGUGAAGAGGGGAAAAAAACCCAAAAUGCUUAUAGUGUGUUACUGGGAAAGAGCAGGAACCGUGAUGCUGGAAAAUGGCCUGUACACCUUCAAAGCAAGGCAAGGGGGACCAAGAAGUUGCUGAAGUUGCUGCUGACUUGAGCAGCAAACAUUUCCUUCUCUUGGCGAGAACUAAAUAUUGGCUACUCCAGAGGUUAAUUUACCCUUUCUAUGCAUUCCUCUAGGCUGUCAUACACCCCUUUCCAUAAUCUUGCUGAACACCAUCUUAAACCAGCUUGGACCCUUGCCUCUGCUACGCUGUUUAGACAGAUGCUCCAGGACUUAAUUCCUCAAGCUAGAAGCAGCCUUCCCAGUUUGCAGUCAGAGUUCAUUGGUGACUAAUUUAUAACUUUUUGAACACAUGAAGGUGUCUCAUCUAACUUGAAACUGAAAUCUUUCUCCUAUGGGAACUGUGGGGUGGGGGCGGGAAGGUCCUCAGCAGCAGCAGGUAUUCUCAACAAGAACUUCCAAGUGCGGUGAAGCGUUGCCUUGGCUAACAUCAGUGGGCACAUCCAUCGAGGAAGAAGUUGUUCAAGCCAGGUUCCCAGAACCACUGACACGAGGCCUGAACUUCCCUCAUUUUCAAUUCACCAGGAUCCAUGAGCCAGCCUUUAUACGCUUCUCUCCAUCCCAACACGUGCAGACACAAAGUACAAGUUUCCAUUUCCCCAUUGCUUCCCUCUGCCAACAGCUGGAGGGUGUUUGAGAGUUGACUGGCAGAGAGCGAGGAUGAAGAGGCAGAAGGGGAGAAUAUAAAGCCUGGUUUAUUUACAAGCCAGUAUUAAAUCCUCUGUGUUCACAGAGAGUGUUUUACCAGGAAUGGAUUCUGUGCAUUGAUUUAGGAGAGAGAAUAUUGGGAUUUUCUUGCGGUUUUUAGACUAAGCUUUAGGCAAGCUUUUCUUCAGCAUUUGUAGAAGCUGGAGCCUUACAGCAAGGAAACAUUUGGAGACAUCUAGUCUACUUCAAGCCACCUGUUUCUCCUCUGUUGCCACACCAGUUAUUUACGUUGCCCGCAUGGCUGCAGUGUGCUGGGAUUUUGCAAAGGACAGAGGCAUUGCGUCGCAGUGCAAGAACAGCAGUCGCAGCAUCAGCUUUUAGCCUCUUGCACCAGAAGGCAAAACAUUCCCCACGCUGGUCCCAACAUUUCUGCCCAUCUGUUUGUGUAUUAGGAACCCCUGGGACUGCACAGGUCUCAGGUCUUUCCCCUUCUCUUACACUUAGCCAAUCAUCAUAUACACAUAAAAUAAAAAGCAGAUAAGAUGGCAAAUCUCAACAUAUUUAUAGAAUGCUAGGGAAAAAAAACAAAAAAGCAAGCCUACCAAAUGGUAAGCACAAGAGGUGCGUUACGUGCUGGUCUGCUCCCGUGCAAGGAGCUCAGGUGGCUGUUGCCGUCUGGUAAAGCAGCACACUCAUGAUGGCCUCCCCCUCCCUUCCACACUUUGACAUUGCCUUAACUAAAUGGCCAUUUUGGAUGUGGAGGGAAGAUAAUGCACCAGGAAUAGCUUCAGAAUAAUUGCAGAGCUGAGCAGUCUGACAUGCUGCGUGAGGGAGCGAGGAACCGAUCAUGAAAUUAUGCAGAAAACAAUGGGAGUCUGUGGUUUCUGGCAGCAGUUUCUGCUGGCAACUGUAGAAGCCUGGUUGUUUGGUGUUUUUUUUUUAAUAAAAGAUAAAACCCUAUAGUAACCUAUUAUAAUAUUAUUAUAUAUUAUUUCUAAACUGCUCUCAUCCCACUCAGCAAAAAUGACCGAAUUGUUAUCAUCUGAGUUGGAUUAACGGUCUAGACCGUGCUGUUUCCCCAGUCCCUCCCCACUUGCCGGCAGCUGGAUGUCCCUGCAGAAUGACACAUAUGAACACCCCUAGCCAGAGGCCUGAGCCCCAGACACCUUCCUCACAUCCGCCCGCUUCUGUGGGUGAGAGCACAGCCUGCGAGGUAAUCUACCGCUGUCAAUUAAACUGCCACGUGCGAUCCUUUUUAUUCGGGAAAGACACUACGUCUGUCUUCAGCGCAGUGCAGGAGUGCACGGAGGGCCUGGUUCCCACCUGUGUAUGUUGGCUACCUCUUGGCUGCAUGUUGGGGUAAGACCUGGCUGUGCACCCACCCACCACCCAUUCCACUUUCCUUUAAAAGGAAACUCAGUGCCAGCAAGAAGGGAUGCAAGGAGCCAUCACCAUGUUUGUGCACGUGAGCAUCCCUAGAGGAAAAGGGAGAACUGAGGCAUGUUAAAGACAUGCCCACCUAAAGAAAGGAGAAGUGAAGCAAUGACAACCCACUUAUCUUCAUCAUCAUCAUCUUCAUCGUCGUCUCUUCCUAAGAAAAGGAUCUCUCUCCUCCCACCAGCUGUGAGAGGACUAAAAGGGUGCUGAACAGCAUGGCUGAAAUACAAUCAUGAGCAACAUUCCUUCUGCCUUCAAGGCCAAAAGUGAGCUAUGCUCUGACCGCCCAUGAUACAACCCACAAACUAACUGCACUGUAGCUCCUCAUGGAGAACAAGCAUUUUAAAGAAACAUCUAAGCAUGAUUUAGAGAGUUCAGAUGGACAAAGUCCAAUGCAUUUCCCAACAUCAGCUGGUUGUUUGACUCUCAGCCUCUUCUAGUUGUAAGCAUUUUGUCUAGCCAAAACUAGACCAACUCAAGCUUAUAAGCAAUCCCAGGGCAUUUAUAGGCACAUCUUUCAAAAGCACAGAGCGCUUUUGAAAGCUCAAUAUUUAAUGCCGCCUUCUGGAGUGACAUCAUUACAGCUAUCUUGAAGCAUCCUCCAGUGAGCAGCAGGGACUGGAUGCCAAUCAGCAUCUGGAGUAUGUCUGUGGGCAAAGAUUGCAAUGCACACAAAGCCAACACGAGAACUGUAAAGUGCUCAUCUCCCAUGACAGCCCGAGAGGUUCAUUAAUGUGUUCCGGAUCCAAGAUGCCACAGGCUGUCAUCUGCCUUACAGGGUGCCCUGUAUAUCAUCUUAUUUCUGUUCAGAUUUGAGAUAAAUUAAGGCAGCAACCUACACAGAAGACAAAAAGACUUCUUUGUUUUUGUCCAGUACCCAAUCCUUCCUUUCCUCUAACCUGAGAUAUAUCAUGCCAUGUUAGACCUCUACCAGUCAGUGGAGCAUAUGAGGCAUUGCAUUCAGAUGUACUCUCUAAGGAAUAUUUCAGGUAUCACAGCUUAAAUUAUAGAUAAUGUAGAUGGAUUAAGAACUGUCAGGUCCCGUUUCCUCUUUUAUUCCUUGUUAGGUGCUUUUCCCUUGACUGCUGCUGUUUAGGUUUUUGGGUUCUUUUUCCUUCUGGUCCAUCUUUUAUUAUUUCAAUAAACACAAAGAUAAGCAGAAAGAAGCCGGUGCAGCACUCGGAGUUGGGUCUGGCUGACUCUUUCACACGGUGCAUCCAGAGCUGCAGACUCCACCCUUCGUCUGAUUUAUUUUAAAAGCCUGCUGUGUCCAUUAAUGGAAAAUUGGACUCUGUUCAGGCCAUGAUGGUGUCCAUGGACAGGAAAAUGGAAAGUUUGAGAUUAAAGCUGCAGGAAGCCAGGAAGAAAAAUAUCUGGUGAAUUUAAUUGAUGGUGGCAGCACAAUUAUUAAGGACAAAUAUUAAAGAAAUGGCAGUCCGUGACCCAAAACAGCUCCUUAGUUAGAAAGAUAAAGGAGGGUGGCAUGAAAGUCUCCAAGGCCACUGGGCUGAGAAAGUAAAAUAUUCCUCACCAGUAGGAAGUUCAGACACUUUGCAGACUUGAUCUUUUGAAUGUAUACGAUAGGACAUUGAUUGCUGUGACGUUAGAUUUGCUAAUCAAGUUAUUCUCUCCUUAAUUUCUUAAAGAUCUGAGACAUAUCUGAUGACCCUCGGGCCUCCCUUCCACUCUUUUGUACUCAUCACUGAGUUUGAGAAAGUGGUAGGAGUCUCAGGGUCAUUAUUCUGUAAUGUCACUAAAAUAAGCAGCUGAGUAGAGUGAAGAAGUCAGAGUAGCAGCCUUCACUAAAGACCUGAUCAGACAUUGGAGAAGCCCAUCAAGGCACAUGGAAACCCACCUACACCUGGGUGGCUGCUGUCUGCAGAGCAGAAGCCAGUAAAUCAGUGAACGGCCUUUUCAAAGCCCAAAUGAGCCUAGAUCAUAGCAAUGGGGUUAAGGGGAAAAACAGAUAAAUACGAAGCUGGAAAAACAAGUGGAAUUGCUGCUCUUAAACCUACUGUUUGGCUUAAUAAUACUGUUCUCAUAUGAUUUUUUUGCAGUUAACAGUGUAGCAAUAAAGUAAAAUAAAUAUUUAAUUUUA